UGGUGGUGGUGGUAGCAGCGGUGGUGGUGGGUGGAGGGCGAGGGGCAGGGGUGGCGGUAAGCAACGAGAAGGAGAAAGAUAGGUGUCGAGAGGAGGCAUUUCGCGCGUCGCAGAUUUCGCGUGUGUGCAAUUGUAAGACGCGAUCGUAAGACGCGAUCGCGAGGAGGCCGUUCGAGGUCCUCGCCCGUCUUACUGCCGUUUCGCGACAAAACAACACGAUCAUUACAACGACAAUAACAAAAAUAUCAUCAACAACAUCUCUACGAGAGAGUAGUAAAAUACUACGAAAAUACUAAAAGCAUCAAACAACAACAAUAACGACGACGACGACGACGACGACGACGACGACGACGACGACGACGACGACGACGACGGCGACGACGACAACCACCAAGAUCAGGGAAACAAAUUCUCGAAUAAUGGAGACAUUAUUACCCGGCAAUACAAACGGUCAAUCUUACAGUCCACAGUUGAAAACCGUCUUGAAAACAUAUCAGCUAUCGGCUGUGAAGAGCCUACAAGGUCCGAGCUCGGCCCUUUUGGGCAUGGACUGUAAGACUCUGUUGCAAGAACAACCGCCCUUUCAUUUCUCAGUAGCACCGGGUCGUUCCGGAAAUUGCAUCGCCGCCGAACGUCUAAUUGACCGAAUAACCGAACUUACCUCGCCUAAAGACAUCGACAAAGGCAAUGACCAAGGACCGGUUCCACCACCGCCGAUCAACAACAACAGCCUUCCUUCCAGGCUCAGGCGGACGAACUUUGAUCGGCCGUUGGAUGACUCCGACGAGGAUCCAGCACCUCCUGAUCGUCCUAAGGUCGCUUGCGAGAAAAGAGAUCUCGAGUUUCAAAUACCCAUUCUUACCGCUCCCGAUCAGAAUUGUUCCGAAAGGUGCGAGACCGUGCUCGAGGGCGAAAGUAUAUCUUGUUUCGUCGUUGGUGGCGAAAGGAGGUUAUGUUUGCCGCAGGUAUUGAACACCGUUCUACAAGAUUUUUCUUUACAACAAAUCCAUCAGGUAUGCGACGAAUUGCAAAUUUAUUGUUCGAGAAGUACACGAGAUCAAUUGGAGGAACUUAAACUUUCCGGUAUUUUGCCGCGUAACGCGCCGUCGUGCGGUCUGAUCACUCAAACCGACGCCGAGAGGCUCGUCAGUGCUCUCCUAUCGAGGACAGAACCAUGCGAGCCUUCUCACCUAUUACAAAGUCAAGAUAGCAUUGAUAAGAAAGUCUGCGGUGGUAAGGCCACCACCGAGGAUGACUCUAUCAUUAGGUUCAAAGUAUAUCAUGAGUGUUUUGGAAAGUGCAAGGGUAUCUUCGACGCCGAUCUCUUCGAAUCCGAGGAUUCUGUGUGCAUAGAGUGUCUCGAAUGUGGCUGCCAAUUCUCUCCCCAACGUUUUGUCAGACACGCUCAUAGGUCCCUGGAAAACCGUACCUGUCAUUGGGGCUUCGACUCUGCUAACUGGCGUUCUUAUCUUCUACUUUCUAGAGAUCAACAAAACUACAACAAGCUGCUCGCUGUCUUUCAAGAGCUUAAAGAGAAACAUCUUGUACUUAACUCUAAGCGGAAACUGGAGUUAAGGCAUGAGCCAGAAAAGUUGAUAAAAAGAGCGAAGAAGGAAAUGGGCAAAGAUGAAUGCGCUACCAUCUACAAUGGAAAUGGAUUAGGUAUUUAUCAUCCGGUAUCUUCGGUGGCUAGCACGACGGAUCCAUAUUUUCAGAUGCAAUGGGCAGUGUUUGAAUUAGCUACCAGAGGAGUAUCCGCGUUUAGGCCUUGGAAUGCCUCUGCUUCUCGUAAACAUAGAGACAGCUCUUCCAUGGUACCUUCCUAUCUCAGUCGUGGUCCACCAGUACUACAACAUCCAGAACGUGUAGUGCCAUUAUCUGAGUGUGAAAGAUUUGAGCCACAUUUUCAACCAAAUGUUGCAUUGGCACCGAUACCAACACCUGCGAUACCACCUAUAGUACCUCCUGUUCAUCAUCAACGACACCACCAAGAGCACCGUCAUCAUAGUCAAUGUCCGCAAAGUCCAAAUGAAAAGCAACAGGAGCUCGUACCGAAACAAGAGUUUGCAGUUAAACUCGAAAAAUCGUCUCCUGGACCUGCUUCUUCCGGGGGUGGUAGUGGAACCACCUCCUCUUAUCCUAUUUUCCCUACAUGUACGGUGGAGAACGAUCGAAAGGAGAUAUCUCAAGAAAAAAGAACAAUUGUCGAGGAGAAAGUUGGGGAAGAAGAGGAAAGUGCUGCAGUAACUUCGUCGACCGUAAGCAUUGAUCCGCCGGCGGUCGAAGUGGGCACGUCGUCCCCCGAAAGUGAUUCGGAUUCUGAAGGAACUACAGCCAUGGAUUUGGAGGAACGACUGAUUGCACUUGACGUUCCGCAGGAUAUAUUGGAGCUAGUUCGUCGUCUAGCUUCCGAAAACGCACAGUUAAGACGACAUCGUCGAUCGGAUGCUCGAAAAAUCUCUAGGCUACGCAGUCAACUUCUAAUACAACAUUUACAAUCAACCAAUGACAGUGUCAAAAAAGAAGAAGUAGGAAACGCGAGUGUUGCGGAUAGUACAGAAGGCACCGAAGAAAUCGAUGUUUCUUUGCGUUCGAACGAUAAUGAGCCCGAAUCGGCAGUCCAAUCGGUUAGUAAUAAUUAGAAAUCGAUCCUUAUAGAAAUAAUUAUUGAAGACGCUUGUCAUUCGGCCAGAUGAGCGCAUUCUUAUAUUCAAUUUAGUAUUUAGAUAUACAAUAAUAUGAUUCUAAACAAAACGAUUUAAAAAUUGUCUAGUUUAUGUGAUAUGCGAGAAGCCUUUGCUAUUGUUAUGUUUAAUUUGAAAUUUUUAAUGUAAGUAUACUUUAUUUUCGAAUUUUAAUUAUAAUUCAAUGUAGAUAUUGUAUUAUAUGAAAAAAGAAAGAAAAAAAAAAAGCAAGGUAAAGAAAGAAUACGUUUGAAAAAUAGUUUACCAACGCUCGCGUAUAACGAAUAAUAUGAUUAUUACAAAUAAAAUAUUUUCUGCAUAUUAAGGAUGCAUGAAAUAAGUAAUAAAAAUUCGGAAAGAGAGAGAGAGAGAGAGAGAGAGAGAGAGAAAGAAAGAAAGAAAAAAAGAAGAAAUUGUUUAUGAUCGUUUAUGUUUGAUCGAGCGAACAUACGAAAGAAAUUAAAACGAUUUCCACAAACUUCUUAUAGUCAUGUUUGCAUAAUGUAAAUAUAUAUUGUCUCAUUAUAAGUCUAUGUUAGUAUAAAAUAUAACUCUAUUAUAUGCGAAAUAUUAAAAAGUACAAAAAACCUAGGUGCUGUAUUGUUACGCUAGGAAUGCUCUAAGCAUGGACCUAGGUGUGUUCCAGCAGCUCGUGAUAUGUCAUAAUAAUAAAACACGUCAUUGGGUAUGUUUUAGUUGAAAAAUCUUGAGAGCGCGAGAUCACAAUAUCUUUUUUUUUUUUAGUAUGGAAAGGCUGAAUUAUCUAACAUUUUUACAUAAACAAUGAUUUCACACUAUAGUUAGGGGAUCAUUGAUAUUUUUCAAUACCAAAAGAUGAAGAAAAAACAAACACACACACACCUUAAAAGCUAUAAAUAAAAGAAAUACAUCACAGAGUUUUUUAUUUUCUGAUUAAUUAUUCAAGAUGGCUAUUAUCCUCUUCUCCAAAUCGCAACACGUUAUUACUUUAUGAAUUUUCUCUUUUUAAAAGGAUAACAAAAAAUUAGAUUAAAAUCGAUCUAUUUUAUGCCAAAAUAAUAUUUAUAUGUGAUGUAGAUUUGUUACCCUUUCUACUUCUAUAUCUCAUAUAAUAUUCAUUUAAAAAUAAUACAUACAUAGAGAGGAAAGGGGGAAGGAGUAUAUAGAAAAGAAAAGAGAGAUCAAGAACGAACGAGAACAUACGAGAUCGAUUAAUUUUAUGUGCAAUCCAAAAUUGCUAAAAUAUAUUGCCUAAGCUUUUGAUACAUAUUGGUAUUUAUUUGGAGUAUUGUAUAUACAUAUCAUUUUACUUUAUAUUUGAUGCAUAAAAGAAAAAACGACGAUAAAGAAAUCUGUUUAAAACAGACUUUUUACUACGAGUUACUAUUUUCGACUCGCGAAAACUCAACACACGAGUAGUUUGCUGAAACAAUACAAUCGAUAUUGGCAAAUCAUUAAAAAAUAAAUAUGAAAUUAUAAUAACAAUAAUAAUAACAAUAAUAAUAAUAAUAAUAAUAAUAAUAAUAAUAAUAAUAAUAAUAAUAAUAAUAAAAAGAAAGGAACAUCUUUACGAGAAAGGUAUGUCCCAUUCAUUGAGCCAAACUGUACUAUAUAAUUAUAAAUUCUAUACAGUGAUGGGAGGGAUGCUUUUUUUUAAAGUUUCUAGAUAGAAAGUAUAUGGUACUAGAUUAAAGACGUACCUAGGUGAUAUUAGACAUACGAAUAGAAAAUUAUCUAGAUAUGUAUGUAUAUACUUACAUUGUAUGUAGGAAACUUUUACAUGAUUCAUACAUACACACACACACACACACACACACAUCUUCAUGUUCAAUGCAUAUAACGUUAUCUAGUUUAUUCUCUAUGUUACGUGCCGUAUAUAAUAGAUCUUAUCUAUUUGUUAAAUGCGUUAAAAGAAAAGAAAGAAAAGUAGUAUGCAAAAGUACAUUAACAAUUUAUACGUACGUGAACGACUCGAUUCAUUUUAUAUCGUAAUUUACCAAAUGUAAUAUUUAUACACAAGUACAAACGAAGUAAAAUAUACCUUGGUAUGAUAUAUCUUUUACGUACUUGUGUUCAUCAUAUACUUCCCAUCACUGGAUAUGCAUUAUAUAAUCUGUCGAUUAUCAUUAGGCUUGACAAAUCUUAUCAUAUUUAAAUUUAUCUAAUAUAGCAGACAAAAUAAACAGUUUCCAAUAUUCGUAUGCCAUUUACGUAUAUACAAUCCUGUGGAGACUGCUUCGAAGAUCUCUCAUGAAAAUGUUAUGAUCUAAUAAAUUACAUCAACAUAUUUACCGUACAAGAAUCUUUUUCAUAUAUCUCCAUAACUGUUCUCAUAUUUAUAAUUACAUACCUACGUACAUAAUUAUUAUCAAUGCGCUAUUACAUCAAAAUCUCACUAAACAUUAGAUAAAUAUUUACUUUUUCCAAAUCAUAUAACUCGAAAUGAUCUCACCAAUUUUUCUCUGUCUAGUGAAAAGAAAAA